AUGAGCAAAGAUCACUCUCAAGCCCCCUCCGAAAGAGCAGUCUUAGCCUUCAUGGCGGGAUGCAAUGAAUUUUAUCAACAAUGUAAGCCGCUGGUUCACCCUCUUCUAAAUUUUCUCGAAAACGAAUUCGACUUGAAGCUUGGACACCAAGAACUCGAUCUUCCCAUGGAUACAUUUGAAGAAAACCCAACUCAGAAGCACAUUCGAGAAGCUAUCGUUCCCUUACUGAUGGCCGAGUUUCGCGAGAAAGGCUGCGAGUUUGAUGAGAUUAAGGAUCAUGAUAUCUUCAUAGCGGCGUUUCAUUGGUUUGUCAACUAUGACAGAGCUGUUUCUGUAUUUGGAUUCGAAUCCAAGCACCCGAAAACUAGGCAUCCUGGGGAUCUCGUUCUAAGAGACCCUGCUAUUAGUGCCAAACUUUUCAAAGUAUCUCAUCACCUUGCUCGUGUUUUGGCAUAUGAUUCAACCGGUAGACUGCCAAAAUACGCACCACUUGGCUCCCGUUUCGCGCCCGAAUCCUUUUAUGGAGAACGAGGAACAUACAGUGACGAAGACGGUUCAACCCACGGAAGCAAUGCUGAGAUAGAUGAAUGUGAUAACGCGGAAGAGAAGGAGUUACCGGAAUACUAA